AUGGCUCCUACUGCGGUAUCUCUACCGGACAUACAAAUAAACAUACCAACUAAGCAAUUCUCUGUCGGCCAAGCAGCUAUUCAUUCCACUCUACAACCGUGCACGCAAACAAGCACACGGACAUCCCCAAUCCCUCCGCUCCGUGCAGCCCUAACCUCCGAAUCUACUCCCCUCGCAAUCCGCUUUCGCGCUCUUUUCUCGCUUAAGCAUCAUGCCUCUCUCUCGCCAUCCGACAGCACCACCAUCCCCGCCAUCGAAGCUAUUGCCGCCGCUUUCCCUUCGCCCUCUGCACUGCUAAAACAUGAGUUGGCAUACUGCCUGGGCCAAUCAGGGAAUCUGGCUGCAGUACCAUAUUUGGAGGGUGUGCUGAAGGAUAAAGGGCAGGAUGACAUGUGCAGGCACGAGGCAGGCGAGGCGCUUGGGGCAUUAGGCGGAAGUAAGUCCUUGCCACUACUGAAAGAGUAUGCAAGCAAGAAGGCGGGUGGGGAGAGUGUGCCACUAGUGGUGAAAGAGACAUGUGAAAUCGCAAUCGCGAGAAUCGAGUGGAUGAUGUCAAAGGAACGGGAAAAGGAGAGAUUAAGAAUAAGCGAUUUCGCGAGCGUAGAUCCUGCGCCGCCUACACCACAGGAUCUCCAAAGGGAAGGAGAGACGGGGAUCGAAGAAUUGAAAGGACAGUUGAUGGAUACGAGAUCGAGUUUGUUUGAGAGAUAUAGAGCUAUGUUCGCCUUGAGGGAUCUGGCUUCUCCACCUAAUUUACCGACUGCGGUAACGGCGGUAAAUGCCCUGGCGAAGGGAUUUGAGGAUAAGAGUGCUUUGUUCAGACAUGAGGUUGCAUUUGUAUUCGGGCAGUUGAGCCAUCCGGCGAGUGUGCCAGCGUUGGAGAAGGUGUUGGGCGAUCUAGAGGAGGAGAGUAUGGUGAGGCAUGAGGCGGCAGAGGCGUUGGGGAGUCUGGGAGAGGAAGAAGGGGUCGAGGAUUUUCUGAAGAAGCAUUUGAAUGACAAGGCUGAGGUGGUGAGGGAUUCAGUCAUUGUUGCGCUUGAUAUGGCUGAGUACGAGAGGAGUGGCCAAGUUGAGUACGCUGCGCUGCCCGAAUAG